GUAUACAUGUUGCUUUACACUCAUGGGUAUCCUCUUAGUGCAAUACGAUACGUUACCCUUAUCAAAUACACCUGUGCUCCUACCUGAAACUAGAAAAUAUCAGUCAUCUACUUCAGCCGAUUCCCAAAAGACCGAAUGUAGACAAAAGUUCUAGUGUCUGUGAUCUGGCUGCUGGAAACGAUCAUCAAAGUCUUUCCGUUCCAUGGUUUUUGGGCUGGUGCUACUCAGCACAGAUCUAACCUAUCUUGGGUUGUUGCAGUCAGCAUUGGUUGGCAACAGUCAGUUCCUGACCCUCUGUGGUCAUAUAUAUACUGCCCUGGCGCCACUUACUGGACUUGUCUUGUCACUAACCCACGGUUUCUUCUACGGGCUGUGAGGAGAUCAAUGAUCGUCCCUGUGUUGGUUAUUAUGCUUUUGUUGGUGCAGUUUGCAAUGGUGACUUACGGGGGUGCAGUGGGAAAGUUUCGUCUCUCCCAUGUGCUCGUCCUGAAACGACUCCAGUAUGGCUUGGUUCCUGACACAGAUGUUGACCACCACAUGGCAUUUGAAGUCCCAGU